AGUGUUCUGGUAUAAGAAUUCGAGAGCCAGUCCUGGGCGCACACUCUCCCUUGUGUAUUUUUUAGGUUGUACUUUAGAUUUAUUUACGGUAAGGUGGACCAGCGGUGGCCACUGUUACAAUCAGGUUAUCCACCAACUACAGGCUGGCAUUGACAGACGGGACAAAAUGCAAAAUGGCUCACAUGGUGGCAAGUCCAGAACCGUGAUUAGAUCCCCUCUGCAGUUUGAAUUCAACAAGCAUCCCAGGACAGGGGAAAUGCCACAAUGAGUACAGGCGAGCAGGUAGGCCUACCAUCUCUCUAGGAAUUUUGCGCUUUUCACCUGAACAUUUCCCUUCCAUUUUACUAACGGAACAAACCCCACAAUGGGACUGUGCUACAGCCUGCGUCUUAGUCUUGACGAAUCCAGUGACACCGAGAAACCGGCGGACUGCUCUGUAUCGUUACGUUCCAAGGACCUUGACCACGAGGAUACAGAGGCAUAUAAUGACAUGACACUGCCCAGUGGUUGUUGGUGUCGCCGCGGGGGCCCUAGCAAAGGCAAGCCGAAUGCACGAGAUGCCCGUAGAGGGGACACGACUAAAGGCGUGCCCAUACAGAAUGGGGACAAUGUUGUAGCUGACCGCAGCCAGCGGCAACAUUUGCUGCAGAAGAAGCUCAGCAAACAGAAACAGAAAACCUUGGACAAAAAGUUAUCGGAGGAGAAGGAGGUCAAAAAACAGGCGAAGAAAGUCAGUAAACAUAUUGACCGAACUCUGAAGGAGCAGAAACGGGAAUACGAGCAGACGCAUCGUCUGCUUUUACUCGGGGCCGGAGAGUCUGGGAAAAGUACGAUUGUCAAGCAGAUGCGGAUUCUGCACGUCAAUGGCUUUAAUGCAGAGGAAAAGAAACAGAAAGUCCUGGAUAUUCGGAAAAAUGUGAAGGAUGCCAUUGUGACGGUAGUUUCGGCGAUGAGCACGUUAAUACCCCCAGUUCCAAUAGGCAACCCAGCAAACGAGUCCAGAAUUGACUACAUCAAAAGUAUAGCACCUCUCUCGGACUUCGACUACACAGAGGAGUUCUUCGAACAUGCCAAGCAGCUCUGGGACGAUGAAGGCGUGAAGGCGUGCUUCGAGCGCUCCAACGAGUACCAGCUCAUCGACUGCGCACAGUACUUCUUGGACAGAAUUGAGUCGGUGAGGUCGAAUGACUACACACCAACAGAUCAGGACUUGCUUCGCUGCCGAGUUCUGACGUCAGGGAUUUUCGAAACAAGAUUUCAAGUCGACAAAGUGAACUUUCAUAUGUUUGAUGUUGGUGGCCAGAGAGACGAGAGGAGAAAAUGGAUCCAGUGCUUCAAUGACGUGACGGCCAUCAUCUUUGUGGCGGCAAGCAGCAGUUAUAACAUGGUCAUAAGGGAAGACAACAGCACCAACAGACUCCGGGAAUCCCUGGAUCUCUUCAAGAGCAUCUGGAAUAACAGAUUUUUACGGACCAUUUCAGUCAUCCUGUUCUUGAACAAGCAGGACAUGCUGGCUGACAAGAUCUUAGCAGGGAAAUCCAAACUUGAAGACUACUUCCCUGAGUACGCUCGCUAUACUGUGCCGGCCGAAGCCGUUCCAGACCCCGGAGAGGACCCUAAAGUGACCCGGGCCAAGUUUUUCAUCCGAGAUGAGUUUCUUAGGAUCAGCACGGCGAGCGGCGACGGAAAGCACUACUGCUACCCCCACUUCACCUGCGCCGUGGACACGGAGAACAUCCGCCGCGUCUUCAACGACUGCCGAGACAUCAUCCAGAGGAUGCACCUGCGCCAGUACGAACUCUUGUGAUUGGUCGCAGCCCACCAUCCAGUCGGCUCUGGGCCAAUCCCGGUGCAGUUUGUUUCCACUCCCAAAACACAAGUUCCUUUCACCACAGGGACCAGGAGAACUACUGAAGCAUCACAAUGCUGUCAUUUUGUUUGCCAUUGUUGGAUUUAUUUUGUUCUUUAAUUUUGGCCCAUUUUUUACUCUUAUUUUGUAGGUAUAAGUGGGGAUGGGAAAGGAUGUGUGUGUGUGCCUGUCUUUUAUUUCAAAUGCCUUUAUUCUGCUCAUUCCACUAAGCCUUUUUAGACAUCUUGUUUUGUAGUUUUUGAUUUGAACUAGUCUUCUGUAGUUUCUGUUGUGGUUGGAUCUGGACCAGCUGAUGUUGUCAGAGGGUGUGUGUGUAUGUUUGUGUGUGUGUGCGUGAGAGAGUUGAGGUAUCUAAUGAGGUAACUCCUGUGUGUGUAUGUUUGUGUGUGUGUGCGUGCGUGAGAGAGUUGAGGUAUCUAAUGAGGUAACUCCUGUGUGUGUAUGUUUGUGUGUGUGUGCGUGAGAGAGUUGAGGUAUCUAAUGAGGUAACUCCUGUGUGUGUAUGUUUGUGUGUGUGUGCGUGAGAGAGUUGAGGUAUCUAAUGAGGUAACUCCUGUGUGUGUAUGUUUGUGUGUGUGUGCGUGAGAGAGUUGAGGUAUCUAAUGAGGUAACUCCUGUGUGUGUAUGUUUGUGUGUGUGUGCGUGAGAGAGUUGAGGUAUCUAAUGAGGUAACUCCUGUGUGUGUAUGUUUGUGUGUGUGUGCGUGAGAGUUGAGGUAUCUAAUGAGGUAACUCCUGUGUGUGUAUGUUUGUGUGUGUGUGCGUGAGAGAGUUGAGGUAUCUAAUGAGGUAACUCCUGUGUGUGUUGGUUCCAGAGUUGGAAUCAACCUUCCGACACUCCUUUGCAUGGAUUACUCCGCUUUGCUCACUCUCUCCCUCCCUCUCUCGCUCUCUCUCUCUAUUCUGCUCUGAGUACUUGAUGAAGGAGUGGGGCGGUGGGGCGGGCAGGAGAUGUAAUGCACUUUGCAUCAGGUAACUUAACGCCGUCAAGGAAGUAUACACAUGAUGUAGCACCGAGAUAUUUAUUACUCUGUCACUUUUUAUUUGGGUUUGUUUGUUUUUAUUGCAACAUGAUGGAGAGAGAGGCUUUCAGACUGCCUUUGUGUGGAUGCUGAGAGCCGUAGAAUUAGCAUAGAGGGGGUGGGGCUUGUGGGAGGACCAGGAAGAGGCUGGGAGUUUGAGUCCAAUGCACCUCCUGCCGUAGAGCAGCAGCAGCAGCAGCAUUCUGCCACGUGUCUAGAUGGAAAGAGAAAUACCACACUCACUUUGAUUUGCCCACAGACAGUCCUUUUUGACUUAGAUCCUCUUGGGCAAUAGUUCUAUAUAUAUAUAAAUAUAUAUAUAUAUAUAAUAUAUUUUUGUUUUUGUUUAUUAUCUUGCACACUGUGCAAGGUUGAUUAUCUUGUACAGACUGCAAAAUGUAAUGUUAUUUUGUACAACUUUAUUGAGAGAAACUUAUUGUAGAAUAUCUUUGUGCCUUGAUAAUGGCUGUACCUGUAAAUUGAGCUCUGAUGUAUGUUGUUGACUGCGCUGUACAGCUUGAUGUCAAACUCUCUCUGACAGUAGAGACUGCAGGCAGGGAGUUUCUCUCUCUCUCUCUGUAGAGGUUAGAUUUUCUGGUUUAUAAAAAUGGAAAAUGUUCUUUAGUAGAAAAUGGCGGAAAAAUUUGUGCGGUGUAAAAAAAAAACACAAAUCCUGUAUACAUUAUGCAAAUUAACCACUUACCUACCGCAGUGACCCCAGGUCGCAGCCAGAGACAUGCCUUCAUCCUCUUUCGUUUCGACGGUGAAAAUGUAUAUUUUUAUUUCUGAUUCUCAGCUUUAAUACAUUGGAAGAUCCAUUGACGUGUCCAAAUCGCAACCUGGCGUUGUUUUACUACAGUAGGAAGCAUCUUUUUAGAUAUGAAGUGUGUAUGAGAUGUAUACAUGCGCGUGCCAGUAAAUGUGUGUAUGUGUGCUUCAAAGCAUGCAUGUACUGUAAAACAUAUAUACACACACAUGUACUCAUGCAUUGUAUAUGUACAUUGUACAUGUGCAUUUUAUAUUAAUAUAUGUACAUAUACAUUUAUAAAGAUAUACAUAUAUUCUAUAAAUCUAUAUGUACAAUUAUACAUAGUAAUGUGUGUGCCUAUGCGUAUACAUAUUUAUGAAUGUCUAGAACGUAUGUAUGCAUACAGAUGCAUAGGCAUCAACUUAUAUAGAAUGAGACGAGAUGAUAAAGUAGUGAUCCUUCGGUCAUAGAGAUCCCUUCACAAUGGCACAGGCAUUGUGGGCACAGUUAGACAGGAUAUUCUUUACACUGAACAGAAGCUUUCAAUGUGCAAGUCUAUUCUGAGAGCGAGGAGGUAGAUGUGAUAACGUUUGUGUUUUCAGGCCUUUAAGGAAUACAAAAAGUAUUUUUAUUUUAAUAAAGAGGCACAUCAGAAGA